UUAUGCCACGAACUCGAAUCACACUUUUGCCAGCUCUGCAACGCAUGAACAGCACUCGAGGAAGCCAGAAAUCCGGAUAUAAUGACUGUAGCGGCUUCCAGUCCAGGUCCGCUGGGCGCAAUUGUUGAUGAGAGAACUCCUUUGAAUACCUCGACCCAGGACGCCAUUCAGAGCACAACCGCACCUAGCUACAGCAGUGUUGCAAAGGGUCCUAUCAGCGAUGUUCCCAGCGGCCAUGGUAGCGAUGAAGAGCGAUCGUUGCUCUCUCCAGCUAAGACGCGUGCCAACGAUGUGAAAACAUUGACUAGCAUCAGUACCGUUGUCGGCGUGUUGUUGCUAGGCGAGUUCAUUUCGAAUGCGGACAUGACACUGGUGAUGGCAACAACGGGCAAGAUAUCCUCCGAGUUCGAUCGACUGCGUGAUGCGAGUUGGCUAGCAACAGCGUACACCUUGGGCUUAUGCGCUACUCAACCGAUGUACGGCAAGCUGAGUGACAUACACGGUCGCAAGCCGCUGCUUCUCUGGGCUUAUGUUUUCUUCGGCAUUGGAUGCGUAAUCAGUGGUAUCGGUCGAGGAAUGGCAACAGUUAUCUUGGGACGUGCGAUCAGCGGUAUUGGGGGUGCUGGGACAAUGGCGAUGGGUUCGAUCAUCAUCACGGAUAUUGUCCCCCGGCGAGACGUAGCUCACUGGCGAGCGUACAUCAACAUUGCGAUGACCCUGGGUCGUAGUGCAGGAGGUCCGAUCGGUGGCUGGCUGGCGGAUACAGUCGGGUGGAGAUGGUCGUUCAUUCUCCAGGGACCUCUCUCCGCUAUGGCUGCCUUGCUGGUGAUCUGGAAGCUCAAGCUCACCAGCCCAGUCACCGAGAAGAGUAUUCGCCGUGUCGACUUUCUGGGAACGUUCCUCCUUGCCAUUGGCAUUAUCGCAACGACUAUCGUUCUCGACCAAGCUGGAAGGUCCUUCGCAUGGGCGUCUUUGUCUACAGCGAUCCUCACAACCACAAGUGUAUCAGCAUUUGUCGCCUUUGUACUUGUCGAGCUCUAUGUAGCUCCCGAACCGAUCUUCGAACUUCGCAUCUUGCGGAAGCCAAAUGUGACACCCAGUUACCUCAUUGGGGCGCUGCAGAUAACGGCUCAAGUUGGAAUGAUGUUCUCGGUACCUUUAUAUUUUCAGGUCACAUCGCAAGCCUCAGCCACAGUGGCGGGAGGACAUCUCGUCCCGGCGGUGAUUGGUAACACUCUGGGUGGUUUGAUUGCGGGAGCCUUUAUCCGUCGCACUGGACACUUUAAGGUGCUCUUGAUUCUGGCCGGUCUGAUUGCAUCGGUCGCGUACUUACUGAUGUUCCUUCGUUGGAGCGGUCACACUGGUUUCUGGGAGUCCUUAUAUAUCAUCCCUGGAGGUCUGGGCACUGGCUUCGCCUCUGCAGCGGCUUUUGUCAGCAUGACAGCGUUCCUGCUGCCACAGGAGGUGGCUAUGGCGACGGGAGGUUAUUUUCUUCUUUUUAGCUUUGCCAUGACAGCGGGUGUCACCGUCACAAACAGCGUGCUGGGGACGGUGUUCAAGCGCCAGAUGGAGCAACAUCUGACGGGCCCUGGAGCCAAGAAGGUCAUUGAACGAGCCCUGUCCGACACGAGCUACAUCAACGGUCUUGAAGGACAUGUCCGACAGAUAGUGGUAAAGGGAUAUGUGGCUGGCCUGCGCUAUACAUACUUGUUCUCCCUCACUCUUUCGAUCCUAGGAUCGUUCAUCGCCUGGACGGUGCGCAAGCACCAACUCUAAUUGAUCAAAAACAAAACGCAUAAUGAAGGUCAAUAAAUUCACUGUCGAUGCUGGCAUUCGAUAAAUGACCGGUAGACCCGUCUUUCCGCAGUAUACUAUACUACAAUGUCACUAAUGCUUGUGCAUGAUCAUCUCGUACGUCACAAGGCCGAUGGCUGAAUCCAUCCACCGACCGGAAACGGGAACGCCGAAGCAUGUGAAGAACGGUUUGCUCAGAGGGCUGUCGGCCAUCAUAAUUUUCUCAACCGCACCAUGUUACUCGUUAGGCCAGGCCUUCAGCCAGGCCUGCAGAUUCGUACAUUACCCCGCCGGAGGCUUCAUCAUCCUGCAGCUCCGCUGCA